GCCACGGAUCAGAUGACCUCUCCCCUCACCACCACGUGCGCAGCUGAUCCUCUUUCAUCCUCCUUUCGCUGCACGGGCGCCUGAUCUCCAUGGGAACGUCGUCACGCAGGAGGAAGUGCACGCAGACUUACGGUAACCAACGGUGAGCUCGUCUAGCAUGGCAGCCAAGGCAGUUCUGCCAAGAAGGGCCGACCCCACAGAGUUGAAAGCCAUUUUUGAGAAGUAUGCCAGCAUCAAGAAGAAUGAGGACAGCUUCAUGUCGCCGUAUGACUUUGUGGAGCGUUUCCUCCACGCACACACAGACAUCCAGCUGUCGGACGAGGCCACGAAGCUGCUGGCUGGAGUGGUGGACCAGAAGAAAGAUGGCUUGAUCUCCUUUCAGGAGUUCGUAGCGUUUGAGUCGGUGCUGUGCGCCCCAGACUCCCUCUUCAUGGUCGCCUUCCUGCUGUUUGAUAAAACGGGCAACGGAAUGGCCACUUUUGAGGAUGUGAAGCAGGUCUUUAGCCAGACCACCAUCCACCAGCACAUCCCCUUCAACUGGAGCUGUGAGUUUAUUCAGCUGCACUUUGGUGCUCAGAGGAACAAGAAGCUCAACUAUGGCGAGUUCACCCAGUUUCUGCUGGAGAUGCAGCUGGAACACGCACGGCAGGCUUUCAUCCAGCGGGAUGAAGCCCGCAGCGGCUCCAUCUCAGCGCUGGACUUCAGGGACAUCAUGGUUACCAUCCGGCCACACAUGCUCACACCCUUUGUUGAGGAAUGCCUCGUGGCGGUUGCAGGGGGCAGCACAUCUCAUCAGGUCAGCUUCUCCUACUUCAACGGCUUCAACUCCCUUCUGAAUAACAUGGAACUGAUUAGAAAGAUCUAUAGCACCCUGGCUGGUCACCGUCGAGAUGUAGAGGUUACCAAAGAGGAGUUCAUUGUGGCAGCUCAGAGGUUUGGUCAGGUGACACCCAUGGAGGUUGACAUUCUCUUCCAGCUGGCUGACCUGUCAGUGCCUCGCGGACGUGUCGGUUUAGUGGACAUAGAGAAGAUUGCUCCACUGGAGGAAGGCGCUCUGCCUUACAACUUGGCUGAAGUCCAGAGACAGCAGUUGGGCAGCGACAGCUCCCGCCCCAUCCUUAUCCAGGUGGCAGAGUCUAUCUACAGAUUCAGUCUUGGCUCAGUCGCAGGGGCUGUGGGUGCAACCGCAGUAUAUCCCAUCGACCUGGUGAAGACCCGCAUGCAGAACCAGCGGAGCAGCGGCUCUGUGGUGGGAGAGCUCAUGUACAAGAACAGCUUCGACUGCUUUAAGAAGGUGGUGCGCUACGAGGGCUUCUUCGGCCUGUACCGAGGUCUGGUACCACAGCUACUGGGUGUGGCGCCCGAGAAAGCCAUAAAACUCACAGUGAAUGACUUUGUGCGAGGAAAGACCAGGCAGAAAGAUGGGACAGUCCCUCUGGCUGCUGAGAUCCUGGCUGGUGGAUGUGCCGGUGGAUCGCAGGUGAUAUUCACAAACCCUUUGGAGAUAGUAAAGAUCCGUCUGCAGGUGGCAGGAGAGAUCACCACAGGGCCGAGGGUCAGCGCUCUGUCCGUCAUCAGAGACCUGGGCUUCUUUGGACUUUACAAGGGCUCGAAGGCAUGUUUUCUGCGGGACAUCCCCUUCUCAGCUAUCUACUUCCCCUGCUACGCCCAUAUCAAAGCUUACCUCACUGAGGAGGAUGGAACGAUAGGGCCAGGCAAAAUGCUGUUUGCUGGAGCUCUUGCAGGCAUGCCAGCCGCCUCUCUGGUGACCCCAGCGGACGUGAUCAAGACCAGGCUACAGGUGGCAGCCCGGGCCGGCCAGACCACCUACAGCGGCCUGACCGACUGCUUCUGGAAGAUUCUCAGAGAGGAGAGCCCUCGCGCCUUCUGGAAAGGAGCCGGAGCUCGAGUGUUCCGGUCCUCGCCUCAGUUCGGAGUGACCCUGGUGACGUACGAGCUCCUGCAGCGCUGGUUCUACGUCGACUUCGGAGGACAAAAGCCAGCUGGCUCCGAGCCCACCCCCAAGUCUCGGAUCAGCCUGCCGGCGCCCAACCCCGACCACAUCGGAGGCUUCAGGUUGGCCGUGGCCACAUUCGCUGGCAUCGAGAGCAAGUUUGGACUUCAUCUCCCACGCUACAGUGUGGCGGCGGCGGCAGCAACCCCCCCCGAGGCGAGCGCCCCAUGAAGCUCCACAUGUGGGUGUGUGUGUAAAACAGAGGGGCUGGGAGACACCGACGGGCCCAUUUUGUUUUUAUAGUGUAAGUCAUUUAUUUAAAGGAGUUUUUCUCCCGUGUUUACUCUAUCUGAAGUCUGUUAUGAUCAUAUAGGUCAGUGAGGUGUUUAGCAGAGAUCCACUGAGAGUUUGUUUUACAUUUAAAUGAGCGUAGUUGUAUCCAACUGAUUUGAUUUUCUGUGGAGUCCAACUGCUUCAGGAAAAUGCCCUGAAGGGCUAGCAGGAGUCUACUUUGAGCGCCUCACAAGACGACUUACUGUUGCAGCUUUUUCCGUUGUCUUCCUUCAGUUGCUUUCUGACCAAAAGCACAUUACUAUGAUCCAGCAGCAUGGCACAUAAUGUACAUAUGAGAAAUCCAGAGACAUAUUUUCAUAUCUUUAUGGCUCUGUCAGACCUGAGUUGCUCUUUCCACAGUGUGCUUAUCAAAUUAUUUCCACACACAAAAAGAAAUGCAACCAAAAAAGACUUGAAUGUAAAGACGCAGCAUCACGAUCUGUACAUGGACUGUUGGAAGAUGUUUGGUUUAAAUGCGUGCAGAUGUGUAUAUAUCUGAGACAGCUGGGCCCAGAUCAGUUUUGUGGUGUGUUACAACAGAGUAUUUAAGCUUGCACAGUGCAGAGGAUGUAGAAGUAACAUAUGGUGUGUAAUCAUUGUGCCUUACUGAACGUAUGGCAGCAACAUGUGUACUGAGAGUAAAGAGAGUCUU